AUGUGUGUCGCCACCAAAGAACGAGCUGUCCAGCAGUAUGCCGAGCACCACGGGCUGGAAGUCGGGGCCGUGACCCCGGAGACCGUGGCGAAGAGUGACGAGGGCUUGGAGUUCUGGGCAUGCAAGGGACUGGACAUGACAGCCCGGGGCCCGAUCGCACAGCAGAUGGGCCGCCAGUUCGUGAAGAAACCGAUGGCGAAAAACAUCUACAAGUGGCUCACGGAGGAUUUGAAAAAGAAGUGGCGAAUGGCCUGGGCAGUCAGUCGUGAUUUCGACUCCGUCCUGAGACGCCGUGUUCGCUCGAUCACACAGAGCACCAAGCAGAGCGAGGUGGGUUGCUGGAAAUCUGAGUUGCAGCUUCGGGUCCACUUUGGUGGAGCGGAGCAGCCGGAGGCCCAGAGACAGGCAAGGAACUACAUCGCCAUGUGCCAGAAGUUCAAGGACGUCUUCGUGGAGCACAAUGCUUGGACCGAUGCCGAGACCUACCUCCUGGUCGAGCGACUGACUUGUUCGAGUACGUCGGAGGAUUGGCAAGAGGUGGUCGAGCAGUGUGACAACUCCGAAACUUUCAAGCUUGAAUCCUACAGGCUGAAAGCAAUCCGGAAAUACGCCAUCAGCCACAACCUCCCCAUGGAGUCCGUGGAAAUCUCCGAUGUGGAGGGAAGCCCCCAAGGCCUCGCUGGCUGGGCCGAGAUGCAGGUCUCGGUUCCGGGAAUCGAAGAGCUGCCUGGUGAGGAUGCGAUGCCAUCGCGAAAGCGAAGGGCCGAGGCUGAAGUGGUUGGUGCUGAGACAGGCGACAAGCCUGGGAAGAAGCCGAAGGCUGCCAAGUUGCCAAAGGAGGAGGGUGCAGUGGAGAGGAAAAAGGCCAGCUCCUCCGCUGUCAACAAGCGCAAUCGCGAAGUGGAGAAGAAGAGCAAGGACAUGUUGUGCUUGGAGCAGCGAGCCUGUCAGGUGAUGGAGAAGUUCCAGGCCCAGGUGGAGAGCUGCCCUGCCCAGUAUGCCUGGGCAAAGCCUUUGCUGGAAGAGUUCGCGACCUUGCAGGAAAACUUCAAAGGCUGCUUGUGCCCGGCAGCUGGGGAUGAUCUGUCGGAGUUUGUCAACGAGCUCAGGCUUACUGCUAUUUCACCGGUGGCAAGCAAGAACAUGAAGAAGAACUACAAGGACAACUACCACAGCUUCUUGACCGUCUUCGUGGAUCGUUGUGGCGCUGUCUGUCAGCAGAUGAACCUGCUGGCCUGCAAACUCGAGGGCAUGAACAAGGCGAUGGAGACGGCCGAGUCGCCUCUGACCCCGAAAGCCCCCAAGCGAAAGGCAAAGGCCAAGGAGCUCCGACAGCUCUUACUUGAUCGAUUCUUUUCGGGUGGGCUUUCUGGUGCUGAUGUGGCCUUAAUCUCCCAUUGGGUCACAGAAGCUGGAGGGACCGGGGUGGCUGACCUUGCUCUGGAUCCGGAACAGGCCACAGCGCAUGGUCACCGGCAUGUCCACCUGCAUGCAGGCAAGUCCUUCCCCGAACCAGACAUGACUCUUGUCCGAACACCCUUGUACAUUAAGAGGGAGGCCAGAAGAGUCCUGGAGCCCGUGCCGGUGGUGAUGCCUUCUACUCUUUUCAAAAAAUUCGUGGAGAUCCCAGAGAUUUUGCAACAUGCUGACACUCAGAGCUUAGUGGGGCUUCCCUGCUACGAUGUCCACCCUGCUGUUCGGAAUGCGAUGCCUGGGUUUGCUCCCCGGCCGGUUGCUCUCUAUUGGGAUGGUGUGCAGUACUCCGUCCACGACAGCUUCACUGGUUUUUAUGACUUCCAAAAAAUAGCUGAUCGCUACUUUGUGCUGGACAUACAGAGUGACUGGCCAGCCUGGCUUGAGGUGUCGGGGCAAAGGAUCAACCAAACCCAACUGUACGAAGACUGUUACGAUCGUGCUUCCUUGGACUAUCUGCCCUAUGAGAAGUACACUAUGGAAGACUACUGGCAGGAUGUUCGCAAGUUCACAAAGGAAGUACUGAUCAGUGAUUCACGACUGCAGCGCCUUGUGACUCGAAACCUGGUCUACAACAAAAAGCUUCGAGGCCGUGUUCUCACAACGAGCCUUCCAGAGCUCGGUCUUUGCAAAGGUUCGCGACUGGAGCCCACAUCGCAACUGGCCGACGUGGCAAGCUUUGAAUAUGUCGCUACACCCUUCAAGGCAUGCUUCUGGGUCGGUCCUGAAGAUGCGAGGCUCACACACAUGUGCCCGCUAUUUCGUCUACAUGGUGUCACCCUCGAUACCUGGGCCAUAGACAUUAUGCACGCCUGGCACUUGGGACCUUUGCAGCAGCUUGUGAGCUUGUCACUGCACUUCUGCAUGGACUGUGGCUUGUGGGCUCCCAGAACCACUCAAUUGGCUGCUGCAGACAGAAAGGAGAUGAGCUUGCUUGCAAUCAAAGCCGAACUGUUUCAAUUCUACAAGGAGAUUCGAAACACGGAUCCCGAGUGGCGUCAGAAGGGGACAGAGGUCUGGAACCUGACACUGGGCAUGAUUGGCAACGAGGAAACAUACAACCUCAACGCCAAGGCUGGGGAGUCACGAGGUCUCUUGAAAUUCGUUGUUUGGCUCUUCGGCAAACAUGAGCAGGAGUUUGCCAUGCUUGACAAUGCCAGAGCCCGCACAGCAUCCCUGCUCUGCUCGUCGGCGCGAGCUGCACUAGACAUGGACUCUGUCUUGCAGGUGGGGUCCCGAACCCUGAGCCGUUUGCAGUGCCAAGACUUGUGGAAUCAUUAUGUGCGUUUUUUAGUACUGUACAGACGGGCAGGAGGAGUGCUGAAACCGAAGUGUCACUUGCUGUUUCACUUGAUUCAGCGAUCCCUUCAAAAGGGGAACCCUCGCAUCUACAGCACCUAUAGGGAUGAAUCCCUCAACGGGAUCAUCGCGAAGGUGGCCCGAUCUGCACACCGGCAGACUUGGGCAAAUGUCAUUCACUGGAAAGUGGCAGGGCUACAUACUGCCAACUGCAAAGAGUUGCAAAAUUUGAGCAACUUGAGUGGCUCGUGA